AUGUGGAUUCAACCUUCAGCUUCUACCACUGGUGGGAAUGUUUUGGUUCUCUUCCUUAGCCACCCGCCCCUGGAUUUCACUUGUGGUUUUGUCUCCACCUCUGCAUGUGAGUCAUCCACAGGAGUUUGCUCCCGAGGCUCCCCUGGAGGACUUGGGUGUGCCCCAGGGGGGACGGAAGGUGGAGUUGGUGCAGUUGCUUGGAUUGAAGGGGCCCUGGCAGUACCAGAUAUUAAGGGGAGCCAGGGGCUACGACAGCAGGAAAUAUGCUGGUGUUCUGCAAGAUCGUCUGUGUCUGGAGGUGUAUUCCUGACGUAUCCGCGGAGAGAGAUGUACUCCGCGUGCACUUACUCUUCCACCAUCGUGGAUCUCAGUGUAUGGUAUAGAGCCCACAUCACUCCAAGUCAGGAGACUCUUAAGCCAGAGUCGCUCCUCCUAAGCCUAAAAGUUAUGUUUUUAAGCAAAGAAUCCUGUGACAGGCCAGUAUUUGAGAAGGCCAGAGCCAAGAGUGAUGGCACGUGGUUCAGGCUGAACGACAGGCUGGACUACGAGUGUCUUGACGGGUAUGAGAACCGAGAUGGACGCACCGCAGGCUCCAUAGUAUGUGGUCAAGACGGCUGGUCCGAUAAAGCUGCAUGCUACGAAAGAGAAUGCAGUGUUCCAGAAAUAGAUACAUACUUAGAUGCUCAUCCCAGGAAAGAAACAUUUAAAGUUGGAGAUGUGCUGAAAUUCUCCUGCAGUCAAGGCCGUAUUAUGGUUGGAGCAGAUUCAGUUCAGUGCUACCACUUUGGAUGGUCCCCUAAACCUCCAACGUGUAAAGUAAGGAAAGUAAAAUCGUGUGCUCCACCUCCUCAACUUCUCAAUGGGAAAGGGAAAGAAAUACACAAAGAAGAAUAUGCACACAGUGAGGUCGUGGAAUAUGCUUGCAACCCCAGAUUUCUGAUGAAGGGUUCUCAUAAAAUUCAGUGUGUUGAUGGAGAAUGGACAGCUUUACCUGUGUGUAUUGAGGAGGAGCGUACCUGUGGAGAUAUACCUGACCUUGAUCAUGGCGAUGUCAAGCCUUCUCUCCCUCCCUAUCAGCAUGGUGACUCGGUAGAGUUCAGUUGCAGAGAAGCAUUUACAAUGAUUGGACCCAGAUUUAUCACGUGUAUUAGCGGAGAGUGGACCCAACCUCCUCAGUGCAUUGCAACAGAUGAACUUAAGAAGUGUAAAGGGUCAAUAUUAUUUCCAACUGAGGGAAAACCAUCAUAUAAGAUUGAAUAUGACCACAACACCAACAAAAGUUACCAAUGCCGAGGAAAAUCAGAACUCAAACACUCAAUCUGUAUCAAUGGAGAAUGGGAUCCUAAAGUAACCUGCAAAGAAGCACAAAUACAGCAAUGCCCACCUCCACCUCAGAUUCCCAAUGCUCGAGAUAUGUCAACUACAGUGAAAUAUCAGGAUGGAGAAAAAAUAUCAAUUCUAUGUAAAGAAAAUUAUUUAAUUCAAGAUGCAGAAGACAUUGUGUGCAAGGAUGGGAGAUGGCAGUCAAUCCCACAUUGCACUGAAAAAAUUGGAUGUUCUCAACCACCUCAAAUAGACCAUGGAACCAUUAAAUCAUCUAGCUCUGCAGAAGAAAGAAGAGAAAUACAUGAACAAAGGCUGUAUGCACACGGCACAAAGUUAAGUUAUACUUGUGAAGAAGGCUUCGAGAUACCUGCAAAUGAUGUGAUAAUAUGCCAUAUGGGAAAGUGGAGCUCUCCCCCUUACUGUGUAGGACUCCCUUGUGGACAUCCACCUUAUAUUCUGAAUGGUGUUGUAUCUCACAAGAAAGACAGCUACCAAUAUGGAGAAGAAGUUACUUACGACUGUGAUGAAGGGUUUGGAACUGAUGGACCUGCAUCUAUGAGAUGUUUAGGAGGGAAAUGGUCUCGUCCACAAGAUUGCAUAAGCACAAAUUGUGUUAACUUGCCCACCUUUGAUGAUGCUGUACUCAUAGAUCAGGAGAAGGAUUUCUAUAGGUCAGGAGAACAAGUGGCUUUUAAGUGUCUACCAUAUUAUCAGUUGGAUGGAUCUAAUACUAUACAGUGUGUGAAGAGCAAAUGGAUAGGAAGGCCAGCAUGCAGAGAUGUUUCCUGUGUGAAUCCACCUCAAGUGGAAAACGCUGUUAUACAAAAUCAGAAGUCUAGAUAUCAAAGUGGUGAGAAGGCACGUUAUGAAUGCAUCGGGAAUUAUGACCUCUUUGGGGAGACAGAUGUCGUAUGUUUAAAUGGAACUUGGACAAAACCACCUCAGUGCAAAGACCCUCAAGGAAAAUGUGGGCCUCCUCCACCAAUAGACAACGGAGACAUUACCUCACUCCUGCAAUCAGUAUAUCCUCCAGGAAUGAUUGUUGAGUACCGGUGUCAGUCCUACUAUGAACUUCGGGGAAACAGAAACGUAGUGUGUCAGAGUGGAGAGUGGUCAGAACCACCAAAAUGCUUAGAAGCAUGUGUAAUUUCAGAAGAAACAAUGAGAAAACAUCGCAUACAGUUAAGAUGGAAAGACGAUACAAAACUUUACUCUAAAACAGAAGAUAAUAUUGAAUUUAUGUGUCAACGUGGUUAUCGUCCAGUGACACCACGUCAUACAUUUCGAACAACUUGUCGGGAAGGAAAGGUGGUGUAUCCUAGCUGUGGAUAA